CCUGCUCGGUGCUACAGAAGAGCUGUCGGACUUCGAUCCGGGGCUCUUCGGCGUGGCCAGAAAGGGGAGGAUCAUGGCUCUGUCCGGCUGGGUGUGUCUGGUGACUGGGGCGUCAAGGGGCAUCGGAAAAGGCAUCGCCCUGCAGCUGUCGGAGGCCGGAGCCACUGUCUACAUCACGGGCCGCCAAGAGGAAACAUUGAAGGAAACAGCUGCCGAGGUAAAAGAGAGGGGUGGGGACUGCGUUCCAGUAUUGUGUGACUCGUCAAAGGAGGGCGAAAUCAAAGAUCUGUUUGAGCGGAUCGGGCGCGAGCAGAAAGGUAGACUUGACAUCCUGGUCAACAAUGCGUACGCUGGAGUGCAGACAAUAUUUGACAACAUGGGGAAAAAAUUCUGGGAAGUUGACCCUUCUAUGUGGGAUACCAUUAACAACACGGGCCUCAGGGGUCACUACUACUGUACAGUGUACGCUGCCAGGAUGAUGGUGCCUCAAGGUCGGGGGCUUAUUGUGGUUAUUUCUUCUUUGGGGGGUCUGAGGUACCUCUUCAACGUGCCGUACGGGGUUGGCAAGGUGGCUUGUGACAGGCUGGCUGCAGACACUGCGCUGGAGCUCAAAAACACUGGAGUGGUCUCUGUCAGUCUGUGGCCAGGAGCCGUGAAGACUGAGCUCAUCACCGAGUUCAUCACUACGAAGGAUCUGGUCCCUGGAAUCAAGCCUGCAUCCAGAAAAGUGUUUGCCAAUGGAGAAACGACAGAACUGAGCGGAAGAUGUAUUGUUGCACUGGCCAAAGAUAAGAAUCUGAUGUCAGUGACGGGGAAGGUCCUCAUGACAUGUCACCUGGCACGUCGCUAUGGAUUUCGAGAUAUUGAUGGUCGCAGUGUAACUGACUACACCUCAUUCAAGUUCCUCCUGUCCCAGGUGCCAUACCUGUCUUGGCUGUCUGUUCUCAUUCCCUCCUUCGUCAGGGUGCCAAAGUUCAUCUUGACCCUCGCUAACAGCAAGUUCUGAACUACGCAGGAUGCUGCGUCAUGACUGGAAAUUCCUUGCAAUCCAUUGUUUCUGUGGGGUAUAUUUAACCAGCUUUACGUACUUACAGGGUCCUCAGAAAAAGUUAACCACCAAAGUUUAAUGUUCUAACUUGGAUCAAAUUAAGUAUCAGCAUGGAAUGUAUACUUUUCUUUUGAACAAAAGAUUAAAAAUGUUGAACUGAGUGUUAGGUGGAAGCUGAAGUGCAGCUGAGGUGCAGGAAAAAGAACUGGAGAAAAUAUUCAGUAAAUGCUAUUGGUUAAUAAACUGCUGAUUUUGUCUUAAA